AUGCAAACGAUUCUGCUCAUCGGUGGAAUCUUGGUGAUGACAAUGCUCAUCUCCACAGCACAAUGUGUUGGCUAUCGACAUUGGCUCAUUUUAGAUCAAAGCCACCCGAUGAAAGUCACUGCAAGGCAGUUUACAAUUGCUGUUCUUGUAAGUUAUGCAUUUUUCAAUGGAAUGAUUGCUUUUGCGAUUGCAACGAUGCCGGUCGAAUGUGGGCCAAAUCAACCGAAUUUGGCAAGGAUCAUUCAGAUGUAUCCUGACAUGGUUUUUCUUUCAUCUCUAACCGAUAUCUGCAGUCUUUAUACAGCCCCAGCAUUCCCACCGUAUAUCAUGAUUAACUCAAUGACGAUUCUAUUCUAUGAAGUCAUCAUUUUUGCUGUCUACAGCCUACCAACAUGCACUUUCAUCAUAAUUCAUUCCUUUUUGUUGCUAGAUGGUAGAAGUGUCUAUAUGAGUGAAAAGACAAGACAAAUGCAUAAGCAAUAUCUCGUAUUAUUGAUUCAAGGAAUGCUUGUACCGAUGCUCUUAAUAGCCAUACCGCUUGUGUUUUUUGCGUAUGUGCUCGUGACAAAGACUUUUGUACCUCAAGCUCUUCUCAACUUUCUUUGGUCAUUGAUGUUCGCUCACACUUUUGUCUGCUCACUGAACAUUCUCUUCACUUCAAAACAUUACAGAGCAACGAUUAUGAAUUUUAUGAGACGCCACUUGAGACGG